UAAUGAAAACGUAGGAGCAACAAUAGAGAGAGGAGAGAGGGAUCUGUAUCCACUGACAAUCUCUGGAGGAAGUUAGUGUCUCAGGCUGCGGCGAGUAACAACCUCAGCUCCUCCUGGACAGUUUAAACUUUUAUAUCGGGGAGGAAUGAUCGCUCCUCUCGGCUCCUCUCCUCGGACUUAAAGUCGAUUGUUUCUAGUCAUCUUUUUGCUUCCUCUAGCUCUUGGACAGUUUCCUUCGAAGUUUCGAUCGUUUUUGUCUGUUAGUAGAAAUCAUUGACUUCACCUGUUGCCAGAUAUGCUGAGGACCGCGGAGCAGAUGUGAUCAGCUCAACGUUAGUAUUAGUAAAACAGAUCGUUAUUUAUUUCGCCGUUUUCUUGUUCAGAGUUUAGUUACAGCAGUGAGGAACGUGGGCAUGGAUUUGAGACCGGAGCACCCGACAGUCUCCUCUGCCUCUCAGGCUCAUCCGGGAGCGGCGGCAGCGGCUGCAGCUGCCUCCAUUCCGGUGUCCAUGGCCAGUAGCCUGCUGCGCGGCCCUCCGCUCCUUCUGCGGGCCUCGGACAAGUACCCGCGCACUCCGAAGUGUGCCCGCUGCAGGAACCACGGCGUGGUUUCCGCUCUGAAGGGCCACAAGCGCUACUGCCGCUGGAAGGACUGUAUGUGCGCCAAGUGCACCCUGAUCGCAGAGAGGCAGCGGGUGAUGGCUGCGCAGGUGGCGCUCCGGCGGCAGCAGGCACAGGAGGAGAACGAAGCCCGAGAGCUGCAGCUGCUGUACGGGACGGCGGAGGGACUGGCCCUGGCCGCGGCCAACGGCAUCAUCCCACCGCGUCCAAACUACGAGGUGUUUGGUUCUGUCAGCAGCGAGAGCAACUCAGCAGAAUCCGGCAUCCAGAAGUAUGAGCUGUUCCAAAAGAACCAGCUGCCCGGGUCAGCCGCCCCCCAGCAAUCUGUGGGGAAACCGGCGUCCACAGAGAGUGACUCGGUCCCGGGCAUCUCAUCCCCAGACGGCCGUGCCGGAGGAUCGGGUUCAGAGAACGGAGACAGCGAGUCCUUCAUCAGCUCUCCGGUUUCCAAGCCUUUAAAAGAUGGCGAAGAAACACCUGGCUCCAUCAGCUCGCUUGGCUCAGAUUCCGGCUCUGAGACCGACAAAGACGAACAGGAGCCAUCCCCUUCCUCUGCGGCAUCCCGGCACAUGAACGCCAUCGACAUCCUGACCCGUGUGUUUCCCAGCCACAAGCGGAGCGUCUUGGAGCUGGUCCUGCAGGGCUGUGGUAAAGAUGUGGUGCAGGCCAUCGAGCAGAUCCUCAACAACAGUGGCGCGCACGGCCCCAACAAGGCCGGCUCAGAUGAGACAUGGACGGCGGAGAGGAUGCUCCAAAAUGCGCAGCAGCCGUCUCCGGCCUCCGCAACCACAACCGCCCCAUCAAGGCCCAUGAUCCCCGGAGCCAUGACGCUGAGCAACCGCUCCGCGUUCUCUCCCCUGCAGCCAAACGCUCCUCACUUUGGCGCAGACCCCAGCACCUAUCCUCUGGGCACCCACCUGGGACUGAACCCGCUGCGACUCGCCUAUUCUGCGCACAGCCGGGGACUGGCUUUCAUGACGCCCUACUCCACCACCGGUCUGAUGCCCACUCUGGGCUUCAGACCCCCGAUGGACUACGCAUUUAGCGACCUGAUAAGGGACAGGACAAUGUUACACAAGGAGCAAAGCUAUGCCAGCGGCCUGUAUGGGCCUUUGGUUAACAACACGCCGGACAAACAGUGAGACUGCCUGACUGAUCAUAGAGACACAUUCCAUUGUAUUUGUAGCCACAAGUGUUGAAAAUCUGUGACGUGUUUUGGCUACAGGCUACUGUACAUAAUAGGAUUAUCUGGCUUGUAGUCAAAUGGUCUGAGAGGGGAAAAAAUACUAAACUCACUUAUGUGUAAUUUUCAAAAGAAUGAUUUUAUAUGUUAGACUACAAACGUUUGAAUGACAUUCCCCGACAAUGAAACUUAAUAUACCUUCAAUAAAAUAUCAUAAACCGAACAUUUAUUUAUAGAUUCCAAAAUAAAUCAUCAUGACAAAGUAAAAGUCAAACACAGACAACAGGCUAAAACCACAUACUUGAUAUUAUUGCAGAUUUUAUUUAAAAUCUGUGGGAAGAAAUUAUUUAUCAAAUAGUUAAUAUGAUUCUUUAAAGCCAUCAAAAUUUACAGAUGGUUGGUGAAACUGAACAUUUUUAAAUAUGCAUUUUCUUCACACGCAUAUUAAACGGAGCGAAAUUAAGUUAUUAAAACAUGUAGCUUUCGGAUGUUAACCCCAUAUCCUGCUGUAAAAGUUCAACUAAUGAUGUGUAUUCAUUUUUCCCUUACGUAUUUCUGUUAGUUUGUUUCCAACUGCUUGUAUUAUAUAUUGCGUUUGGUAAUAUGAAACAUUGUUGCUAUAUUUGACUUUUCAUUUAUGCGUUAGUCAGCUCGAAUAUUUUGUGACAAAGUGUUGGACCAAGUCAGUUCCUCUUCAGAUGUUACAAGCUGUGCUGUCACAUUGUAUAUGAAUAUGCUGGAAAUAAAUGUUAUUUUAAAAAAAAGA